AAGCCUACGAAACUGUUGGAUGGAUUUCUGUAGUAUAUUCUCAACGUUGUAAUACUGACAAUGGAUAAAUGUAAACAUGUAGGGCGACUGCGGCUUGCCCAGGACCAUUCAAUAGUGAAUCCUCACAAAUGGCAUUGUAUGGUAUGCAAUACUACAGAAUCUGUAUGGGCCUGCCUCAGUUGUUCACAUGUUGCUUGUGGAAGAUAUAUUGAAGAACAUGCCCUAAAGCACUUUCAGGAAAGCAAUCAUCCAGUAGCAUUGGAAGUAAAUGAGCUGUACGUUUUUUGCUACCUUUGUGAUGAUUAUGUUCUUAAUGAUAAUGCAACUGGUGACAUAAAACUUUUACGAAGUACAUUAAGUGCAAUCAAGAGCCAGAAUUAUGAUUGUACUACUCGGAGUGGCAGGACUUUGCGAUCUAUGGGCAUAAGUGAUGAUCUUUCACAUAAUAAUGCUCAAGCCUUGCUUCGGAGUCAAGACCGUAUGUUCACAGCCCUGUGGCACAGAAGGCAUGCAUUAAUGGGCAAAGUAUUUAGAACUUGGUUUGAGCUAACACCAACUGGGAAAAGGAUUUUAGAAGAAGACAAGCUGUGGGAACAGGCAGAAGAAAGACGAGUCAAUGCUAGGAAGAAAAGAGAAGAGAGAAAGCGCCAGUUAAAGGAAGAAAUGGAGAAAAUACCACCAAGGAAAAGCUUUCGCUUGCAAAAACUAAACAAAGAAUCUUCAGUCUAUGCACUAAAAUUGCCACAAAAUUUGGGCUCUGAUAUAGAGCUGAAAGUAACAGCUACCUCAGAUGAUGUACAGUUAAAAAAAAAUAAUGACUCUCCAGCCAAACGAAGACCUACUAUGACUCCUGGUGUGACAGGACUACGAAACUUGGGAAAUACAUGCUAUAUGAACUCUAUUCUUCAGGUAUUAAGUCAUUUGUUCAUAUUUCGGGAAUGUUUUUUAAAGCUUGAUUUAAACCAGACACAAGAGUUGUUAGCAGUUGCAGCCACUGGCAAAACAAGAUCGUCUACAAAGCAUCCUCUAUCUGCUAGCUUUGAUGUUCAAGUACAGAAAAGACAUGUUAAGGACAAGACAUCUUCCACAAGGCGAUUUAGUACAUCAUCAGGUUUAAGUGGUGGUGGAUCAAAUAACAGAAAUAUGGAACUUAUUCAGCCCAAGGAACCAAGUUCAAAGUACAUUUCUCUUUGUCAUGAAUUACAUACUUUGUUUCAAGUUAUGUGGUCUGGAAAGUGGGCAUUGGUGUCUCCUUUUGCCAUGCUCCAUUGUGUGUGGAGACUAAUCCCAGCCUUUCGUGGUUACGCCCAACAAGAUGCUCAGGAAUUUCUUUGUGAACUUUUGGAUAAAGUCCAACAAGAAUUGGAGACAGCUAGGGCAAAAAGCCCAGCCCUCAUUCCUGCUUCUCAAAGGAAACUCAUUAAACAAGUUUUGAAUGUGGUCAACACUAUUUUUCAUGGACAGCUUUUAAGUCAGGUAACAUGUCUUGCAUGUGACAACAAGUCAAAUACUAUAGAGCCUUUCUGGGACUUGUCACUGGAAUUUCCUGAAAGAUACCACUGCAGUGGGAGAGAGACAACCUGUCAGUAUCCAUGUUUGUUGACAGAGAUGUUGGCCAAGUUUACAGAAACUGAAGCUUUAGAAGGGAAGAUAUAUGCCUGUAACCAGUGCAACACAAAACGAAGAAAAUUUUCUUCUAAACCUGUUCUACUCACAGAGGCACAGAAGCAGCUUAUGGUGUGCCACCUACCUCAGGUUCUGCGGUUACACCUUAAGCGAUUCAGGUGGUCAGGACGCAAUCAUCGUGAGAAGAUUGGUGUGCAUGUCAACUUUGAUGAGAUUCUAAACAUGGAACCCUACUGUUGCAGAAAAUCUCUAAAAUCCCUCAUGCCAGAUUGCUUUAUCUAUGAUUUGUCAUCUGUUGUGAUGCAUCAUGGGAAAGGAUUUGGUUCAGGACACUACACUGCCUAUUGCUAUAAUUCAGAUGGAGGGUUCUGGGUUCACUGCAAUGAUUCCAAGCUCACCAUGUGCACUAUGGAAGAAGUAUGCAGGGCCCAGGCAUAUAUAUUGUUUUAUACCCAACGAGUUACUUUGAUGAAUGGACAUUGCAGAAUGUCAGGUCUUGACUCACCAUCUGGAAAUCAGGCAAAUACUGAGGUUAAUGGUUCCAAUGCAAAAAGUAACAGCUAAUCCAAAGCCAAAUUGCUUAUAUGUACAGUAUAAGUCUGAAUUGUCACUUGCACAUGUAUUUAGGCAAGUAAGCGCAGUAUUGUAAAAAAAUGUGUUUUCUGAAAUGCUGUAUGUGUUCAGAUCUUUUGUACUUUUAAAACUCAUUUAUAGUAGUAACUUCCUAAGUUACUAGAAUAUCUGUAUAGCUAUUUUUAAGAUAACAUUUUCCAUUUGAAUUUUUAAAUUUUACCUCAAGCUGUUUUUCAGCAUUUUGAUAUUUUGAAGUAGGAAACAUAGAUGAGGAAUCUGGGUGGGCAAAGUCUGGACUUUCUUUAAAUUAAAAGCUGUGUUUUAUACUAUUUCUUGCAGUACUAUGGAUCUUGUCUGCAGGAAUCUGCCUUACUUCCACGAUUAAAAUAUGUGAUGGUAACAAA